AUGGUGCGCGACGUUCAAGCGAGCAAGGCUAGCGAGCCAGUGCACCCGCCGCCCGCGGAUGUCGCCGCAGGCGCACCAGCCGACGAUUCGCUCCUCUCACUCGCCUCCUCUUCCUCAUCGCAUCCCACAUUCGAUCAGCUCAACGCGCUCCUGCUCUCGCGGGGAUACCUGAGCGAGCCGCUCAACGUCUCUUCGCUACCUACGCGCUCUCUGGAUGCGCUUUGCCAGGCUUUGCAUUCGCUGCUCGGUCAGAGAGCUGAAGAUGUGGAUCUUAGAGACGCGCUAGCCGCACGAAAUCGAGCACUGAACAGUCGUGCAGAGAGAAUGGAAAGGGAGUUGCAAGAGGAGAGGGAGGCGAGACUGAGCGCUGAGCGCAAAAGCGAGCGCGAGCGGAAUAGAAACAAGUGAGUGGGUGCGCGUGCGGGUGCGCGUGCGCACUGCAAUGCUCACCUUGCGCGCCUGGCUUUGCAGACACCUGGCAGACGAAGGCAAAGCGCUGGAAGCGAAUCUCAAGGCAGCGCAAUCCGAUUUGCAAUCCAGCCGACGCGCCCUGCAAACAGUCAAGGCGAGCGCGCACCAAUCCGCGCUGUCCAGCACACGCCAAUCGACUCGUCAGCGCGCAGCCUACUCUGAAGCGACAGCUGCUACCACUCGAGGAUGCUUCCCAACCGCUCGUUGCGUGCCCUUUGCCUUUUUGGCAGACGACGCGCACGGACCUUUUAAUCGCGCUGGAACGGGCGGCGUUGAAGCUGCGCUUAUGCGCGAAGCUGAAGAGAGAGCUUCCAGAUUGGCAGAUGAGAAUAUUCAAUACAAGGCCAUGCUCUUGGAUGCGGCAAACGAUGUCAAGGAGGCGACGCGUCAAGUCGUCGCCUUGUUGCCUAUGGGCGGACAAGGGGACGCCUGCACAUCGCUGUCGUCUAGCAGCAGCUCGCUCUACGCUUCGCUGAACGAUCCGUGGACCAUGGAUCAACUUUUUGCCACCAGCAUGGCCAGUCCGACUCACGUCGACGUGCACAAGCGCUUGCGCGCCGUGCUCAACACGCUCCAAGAAGGUACGAGCUCGCUUCGAGCGUUGCGCGUCGAAGAGUCGCUCAAGCACGCCAUGCGAGUCAAGGAUCUCGACGACGAGAUCACUGCUCUCUCAUCUCGGCAAGAGCCGGACAAGGCGAGAGAAUUGGGAGAAGCUGCUGCCCAAGCGCACGCUUCUUCUACCGGCUUUUACCACGCCAAACAAACACCUCGAGAGGAAAAGAGGGAGAUGGAGAGAAAGUUGUUGGAUGCGAUUACACGACUGGGACGCGCGGAAGAGCAAGUGUCGAUGCUGGAGCGCGAAAGGAGACGCUGGAAGGAUGCGCUCAAGAGCGGGACCGGAGCUGAUGAGCAGAUGGCAGAGGUCGUCAGACUGCGGCAACAAUCAGAGGCGCUCAAACUCGAGCUCGAGCAUGCUCGCUCGGCGAUCAAGGAAGCGCAAACGGCCAACGAUCGAGCUGUGGAAAGGUUGCGUCUGGAGAGGCUUUCAUGGGAAGAAGAGAGGAUGCAACGCGCGCCAGCUGAAACGCGAGGCGCGACGAACAGAGAUGAAUCUCUGGGCGUCAUCGCGGCUACGCAACGCGCAGCGCCCAGCACGACUCGUCGCGUGAGCUUCUUUGGAGAUGCAAAGAAGCAAGAGGGCGAUUGCAGCGCAGAGUCAAACACUGUCGUCCUGCACAGUCUUGACGCGUCCGAGUCCAAGUCUACAUCGAGACCAGGACCGAGCGCCGCCGCGCACGUGACGAGCGUUCGACGAAGUUCUCGCGUGUCUGAAAAGAGCCGACAGAGCGAUUCGAGCGGCGAAACGGCGCGAACAGGGGCAAGUAGGCGAUCGGCAGCGAUAGACGAUGAAAUUGUGGAUGCACAUGCGAGCAAAUCCUCCCGCAUCAACGACGAUGCUAUCCGCUCCACGGAAAACGAACGCAGCACUACGUCCAACUCUUCCAGUAGGCGCAAGAGAGCCAAAGGGGCCGUGUCGGAGCAAGAAGCGUCCCCUUCUCCUUCCUCUCGCUCAGAGCUGGAAGAAGUGUCGGUAGCGUUGACCGUCGAGCCGCAUGAUGGUUCGCGCGCGGUCGAAGAAGACACAGGGGCAGCGACAGAGAAGCAGGGAGGACGUCGUACUUUUCGCUCGUCGAACAAACGAGCGCGUCAAGAGGAGGUGGAGCAUGUGGCCUCGGACAAUCUCAACACCAGCUCCAAUGUACCGUCCACUCUGAUUUCCGACGUUGAGCGCGCCACCAAACGUACCCUCUCUGGUCGACGGGCAGUCUCUUCCACACCCUUGGUGGAUCGUUCGCUUCUAGGUCAAAGAGGCAAGGAUGCGCGCGUACCAAACGUCCCUCUUCCCACUGCAUCUUCGCUCGGCAAGAGCGGCGCGCCUUUUAGCUCCAGCAGCAGCCGCUCCAAUUCGGACAAGCCGGGCAUCAAACGAGCACGCACAGCUUUAGUAGACGUUUCAGCCGCAACGCUCAACAACAGCCUGCCGGAGAUGCAGGCGAAGGCUGAUCAAGCGCACCCGCACCCAAAGGUGCUUCCCAAGUCGAGGCAGCAGCAGGCCAGCACGUCCGAGCGCGCUAGAGCGACGCGUCAACCCAGUUGGGCAGAAAGACAAGCUUUGGCUAGAGAAAGGGUCAGGGCGAGAAAUGCCGGUGCUGGUGCCGGUGUCGGUGCUAGUGCCGGUGCGGCUACGGUGAAAAUGCCUUGA